AUGCAGAGCGACGACGUGAUCUGGUCCGCCAUCGGGCAGAGUUUCUGCUCGUACAAAGUCAAGACGACCACUCAAAACUUUUGCCGCAACGAGUACAACGUUACCGGAUUCUGCUCGAGACAGUCAUGUCCGCUAGCCAACUCGCGAUAUGCGACCGUAAGAGAGAAGGAAGGAAUACUGUACUUGUAUGUGAAAACGAUCGAACGCGCCCAUUCGCCCGCAAACAUGUGGGAGAAAAUAAAACUCUCAAAUAAUUACUCCAAGGCCCUCGAGCAGGUCGACAAAGAGCUCAUCCACUGGCCCAACUUCACGAUCCACAAAUGCAAACAGCGCAUAACCAAAAUCACGCAAUACCUCAUCAAAAUGCGGCGCCUCAAGCUUCGCCAAGACCCGAAACUGGUCGGGAUCAAAAAGAAACUGGACAGGCGCGAGACGGUACGCGAGCGGAAAGCGCUCUCCGCGGCGCACCUCGAGAGGAGCAUCGAGAAGGAGCUGGUGGAGAGGUUGAAGAGUAAGGCGUAUGGCGAUGCGCCGUUGAACGUUAAUGAGGCGGUGUGGCAGGCCGUGCUGGAGAGGGAGAAGGGGAAAGGCAAGGCUGUGGAUGGGGAUAUGGAUAUGGAUGAGGAUGAGGAUGAGAUGGAGGAUGAGGAGAGUGAGGAGGAGGAUGAGGAGGAACUGGAGAGGGAGAUGGAGUGGGACGAGGAUGAUGAGAGGGAGUUUGUUAGUGAUAUCAGCGGGGAUGAGGACGGGUUGAGCGAUCUGGAAGAAGUCGCGGGUAUGGGCGACGACGAAGACGACGAGGGCGAGUCUUCAGACGAAGAAAACGAAGACCCGAGAGCCAAGACCGGCAAGGGCAAACCUUCACUAGGCAAGCGGAAGACAAUGGCCAGUCGCUUCGAGGCCCAACCCAAGAACAGGCGGAAGCCAAAACCGGGUGCACGAAUAGAAAUCGAGUACGAGAACGAGACGGAGCCGGCGAGGAAGGUCGCUGCUACAUCCUGGUAG